CACCUUUUUUCUUACUAGAUAUAGAAUCGGGACCGGAUUGCCUUCUAAUUGAAAUGGGCCCCUCAUUUAGAUAAUCGGAGCAUUACUUUUGUAACAAAAACAAUCGGUCUGCACGUGCGUGAUCGCAAACGCGCCAUUGAUCUAGGAAUUGGGGCAUAUUUCUACGCGAAAAUCAGAGCAAUCCGACUCUGUACCGAAUAUCACAAAACCGAUUUUUUAUGUAUGACGAUGUGGUGUCUUUGCUCCUUAUCAGAUUGCCCCAACCAGUGAACCCGGCAAAUUUUUUGUUCGAUAAUGAGGGGAAUUUGGCGCGCAUUUUCGAGUCACGUGCAGAGGAAUGAGAGUGGGAUAAAAUCGUACACAAACUGCGCACCUGUAAAAAUCAGCUGGUCAUCUCAACCUCCAAGUAUAAGCAGAGAAUCGACGUCAUUCUCGGAGAAAGUUGUAACUCGUGUGUUCGGUGUGACAGUUUAAAAUAGAAUUUCAAUGAAGUCGAUUUCCUCGCUUUAGCAGUAAUUAUGAGCGAGUCGUUUAAAAAUCGCGUUUACUACGCUGCUAGGGAUGGCAUGGCGAUAACGCUCUACACUUUGUUAAGUGAUAAAAAUGGAAUUGAAGUGACUAAACUUUUGAAUAAUUCUGUUGUCGAAGAUGAAGGUCAACAUUGUACACCUCUCAUUAUUGCCGCAAGGUAUGGUCAUGAUAAGGUGGUCAAAAUGUUGUUGUCCAAAUUUAGUCCCGAUUUGGAGCAAGAGGGUACUGUUAAAUUUGAUGGUUACGUGAUUGAGGGUGCCAGUGCACUUUGGUGCGCAGCUGGAGCGGGUGAGUUCGCUGUGUGCUCGCUUUUAAUAUUUUGUCAGAAUAGAGAUUGUCACUAUGAGCAAUCCUAAAAACAUAAUGCAUGAACAACUAUGGCGAAAUAGCGACCUAAUUUACAAAACUACUCUGAAACGUUCUUUAAUGGGAAAGUCAUCCAAUGAAGAUAAUAAGUUUAUACUUGAUAUGUUACAUCAUAUCAUUAUUCCUGAUGAAUAUUUUGUUUUGUGUGCAGUAAAUUUAAAUUAUGUAGAUGAAGUAAUUAUUAAGACCUUAUUUGACGAAAAAUUUAAAUUAGAUAGGAUUAUCAAAACUUUUAUACAGCUUUGUAAUAAUAAAGGUUAUCACUCAUUAAGUUAUAGUGACGUAGAUAAAAUUUUACAUGAAAUGUGCGAAAUAGAUAACGUACCACUGAAGAUGUAUUUGUAUGACUCGUUAUGUAAUGAUCACUCGUACUGUAUGUUAAGUGAUGUAAAAUCUAGCUUAGAAACUUUUAAUGCUACAUAUAGGAAUACUUCAUGUAUUUUAUCAGAAUGCAUUGAAAAAUCGGCGUAUUAUGCAAACUAUAAGUGUCUCGAAAUUUUGAUUAAGGUACUGCUAGAAAAUAAUAUUAGUUACAUGUUUCAACCGUGGGAAAACGAUGAACAUAGUCAGAUAUACCAUUGGAUAUUACAAAAUAUUCAAAAAGGUGAACAGAAUCCCAAUUUAUGUUUGGGAUGGUCAUGUGGGCCAGAUUCAGGAGCCUGGCCGUCGUCCGAUAUAGAUAGCUAUAAACGUACUUUAGGAUUAUUGUAUCAAUUAAUGAAAUUUUAAAUGUAUAUACUGUGCAUGGUAAUCUCGAUGGUAAUAAAACGAUAUUAAUUGUU